AUGGGUGACACCGAAUCAUCUCUGCCCUAUUCGCCAAUGGUACCCAACUCCUCAGAUGAAGAGCACUCCAAAGCACGUGGCGUGGUUGAAACAGACUUUUGGGGGACAGCCAUGAUGACUCUUCACGCGAUGCGUAUCAUGCGCGAGAACAAUUCCAGGACUGGUAAGCAAGGUGGUAUGGUAAUACAGAUCACUUCUAUGGGCGGCUACAUGGCCUUCCCCGGUAACGCCUACUACCACGGUGCGAAGUUUGCCGUCGAGGGAUUUACCGAGAGUGUUAGGAGAGAGGUCAGGCCAGAGUGGAACACCUACGAUGCUGAAGAUAGUCCUGCGCGAAUGCUAGCAGCCUAUGUGGACAAUCCUGAAGCCCGCAAGUCUUGGUCGCGGCCUGACGCUAUGGCUAACGCCAUCUAUGAGAUGGUAGCGCAGGGCAAGCCAGUCCCGGUGAGAUUUCCGCUGGGCGCCGUAGCUUGGGAGGUUUUAAGGGCAAAAGCCGAGGGUACAAUAGAGGAGUUUGACCAAAACAGGUCACUGAGUGUGGGUGUUGAUGGCACUGAACAGCCCAACGAAGUGGAGAAAGUAAGCAAUUUGUACUGA